AUGUCCGGAAUUACCAAUGGCGUCUCCCUCGAUACUCGAGUUGAAGAUUAUCUCGAGGAUAAGCUUCAGUCCACCGCUGAUCUUGAACAUCUCGACGAACUGCUCACAAAUGUCGAAUUACAGCGGAACCAGCUCCAGUCGCAGCUCGACGAUGCCGUCAAAGAGCUUGAGGAGGCGCGGCGCACAGCCGACGAGCGCCAUGCUGCGCUCCAAACCCGCAUUUUCGAGUUCAACGAGUUGCAAGAAAGCAUCGACAGACGUGUUCAGAUAGCUGCCGCAUCGGAUGCGCCGAGCGAAGCCAUCGCGCGAUUGCAGAAGCCUAUGAAACAGCUUCAAACCGUCGAGCUAGCCGAGAAGUACUUCAUGCUGCUCCAAGAUGCUGAGAGGUUGCGAAAAGAAGCUCGGUCUCAUCUUCCGGGUAGCCCUAAGGAGGCUCUCGAACCAUAUGCGCAGCUAAAAGAGCUUGUCAUUAGGCUCAGGUCCUUGCCUGGGAAUGACGAACUUCACCUGGUGGAUCAUAUCGAGAAGAUGACGGAGAAUCUUUGGAAUGAAAUGAAGCAAAUCAUGUCUUCUGAGCUGGAGACUGUGCUUAAUAAGAAGCACUGGCCCAAGGUUGACCCCCAGUCUGAGAUGGAUGAGGAGUGGGUGGCCUGCAUCGAGAAGCUCCUCGACCUCCAGAUGCCAGAGGUGAUUCAUAGUACAGGCGUUGUGACCCUCUUACCAUUUGAAGUCAUGGCCAGAAUGUUUGUCGCCGAGUUUCGCUUCCACUUUAUUAGCGAUAAACCGACCAGCAGCCCUCAAUCUGUUGGGACUCACUGCUUCCCCUGGGUUCUGGCGACUCUGGAAAAAUGGGAGGACUUCUUUCGCGACAAUCUUGGCCAUCUCCUGGCAUCCAAAUUUCACGAGACGCCUGUGGCUAACAAGACGAUAUACGCGGAUCCUGCAUGCGCUCUUAUUACGGCGAUGCUGCCAGUCAUUCGGGAGAAAGUUGAUGCUGUAGUAUCGGAGACGAGCGCGAAUCCUGGAUUCUUAAGCAACUUCAUCUCACAGAUCAUGACUCUUGACGAGACAAUUCGAUCACGAUUCAACUAUGACGGUGGCGAUCCUGAGAACGGUUGGGCAGGACUGUCUGAGAGCGUCUUAGAGAAUUACUUUGAUGCGUGGUAUCAGGCCGAGAGGAGCUUUGCGCUGGAGAGAUUCGAGGUGAUUAUGGAAUCACGAGAUGGGCGCAAAAUCGACUACGACUACUCAGUGUCCGGCAAGAUGAAGCCCACCUAUGCGGCCGUGCAAAUCACCGAUCUGUUACGAGUAGUGACGACGAAAUACGAGCGUCUCCGCAAAGUCAAGCAAAAGCUCAGAUUCCUGACCGAUAUUCAACUGGAUAUUCUUGACGGAUAUCAUGACCGUCUUAGAAGCUCGCUCGAGGCUUACCAAUCUCUAACCUCUACAUUGGGCCGAACCAUCCAUGGUGUAACAAAAGAGCAACUGGCUGCCUUGGAGGGGACAGGGGCUUUGGAGACGCUGUGUAAAGUGAUUGGUAGUGCCGACCACAUUGCGAACACAUUGACAGAAUGGGGAGAUGAAGAGUUCUUUGUCAUACUAUGGGAUCAGCUGCAUAAACGCGAAUCCAGACAGAUUAGGCCCCAAGGCUCGACCAUUGCCAGCAUGGUCGGACACAGCGAUGAUAUUAAGGAGCGCACUGUUGCCGCAGUUGAUGGAGGCGAUGAGAAUGGAGCCAUCUUUGAUGAGACUAUUGCGGCAUACACCAACCGUCGCAAGGCAGGCGAAGAACUUCUCGUUGGCGCUUUGGUCGAGUCUCACUCCAAAGCGCUGCGUGCCUACACUCACAACGUUCAGUGGACCACAGUUGGCGAAAGCGCAACUCCAGAUGACUCUUCAGCCCUCUCGAUCACGCCAGAGCUAGACGAGCCGUUGAGCGUCCUCAAGAGGAAUAUGGAAUUUUUGAGCAAAGCUCUGUCGGCCGCCUCCUUCCGCCGUGUCUGGCGGGAUGCACUUGACAGGCUCCAGGACUUGUUGUGGUCCAGCAUUCUUACCCGCCAGUCGUUUACCGCUUUUGGGGCUGCGCAGCUCGCGCAUGAUUGCGCAACCAUCUUUUCGCUUGUGGAUCGCUUCAUUCCCAAUGGCUCCGCGGCACUAGAAUCUCUUCGCGAGGGGCUCGUCCUACUCAACUUACCAGCGGCGGUAGAGGGCGACGGUGUUUCGAGUGCUGCCAUGACACUUAAACAGGCUAGUGACCGAGCGUUUACGAAUAAUGACGAGGCUCGCAAGGUCCUUGAAGAAUUAGAGCUGGUGGCGCUGACACCACCAAAUGCAAGACAAAUUCUCCAGAGGCGAGUAGAGAAUGACGAGAAUGUCGGGUGGUGA